CCACCAGCACCAGCACCAGCACCGGCACCAGCAGCAACAGAGCGAGUCCCUUCUGCCUCCUUCGCAACAAUAUCCCACCUGGCCAUCGUCAUGCCCAACGCACCUUCUCCCCUGGAGCUGCUUGAUCGCAACCGCCCCGGCAUCAAACUCGAGGAAUGGUGCGACUGGCCUGAAAAAACGCUCGAUCAGAUGAAGGGCGUCUUCGGACUGCAACAAUAUAUCCAGAUGCUGAUACGCCGGGACCCGGCCGAUAUUGAGCGGAUCGUCCACCCGCCUCCAGACUUUGAUUCUGUCGAGGCUUGGCAGUACGAGCACCUCAGGCUCUUUUGUCUGGAGCUCGGCAACCUCGUCGUUGCCCUGGAGGCCGAAUGCACCGCCGAGUCCUGUCCCGAGAUGCGAGCGGACGAAUGGGUCUAUCUCUGCGCCGCCCACCCGACGCCUGCUCCUUGCUGUGCCAUGGAUUACAUUCUUCACACCCUUGACGGAGCCACGGCCCUGCUGAAUAGCACCAGACACUUCUCCAGCCGGUGCUUCAUCAACGCCGACUCGGUCAAACACUUCCAGAAUGUCGCCCGACGAUUGUACCGCAUCUUUGCACAUGCCUGGUACCACCACAAAGAGACAUUUGUUGCCUUUGAGGCCGAAAGCCACCUGUAUGCCCGCUUCCUGCGGUUUUCCACGAUUGAAUUCAUGCUCAUCCCCGAGAAGCUGGUGAUCAUUCCGCCAGAGGCGUGUCUGCCUUACGACGAGUAGCCAAACAGCAUCAAGAUCCGGCAUGUCAUAUAUCAACCGUCUGAGGACGAUACGGCGCUGGCUGUAGGCUUGCCCUGCAUCGGCACCGUGGUCCUCCUUUCUUCCACUUGCUCACAACCACCUUUUGCAUUGCCUUUGCCAUCAUCCGGCCGUUUGAUUUUGCUCCGCACCGUGGGCCCACCCGGCCUUCUUGUUGCCCUUUAUCCAUCUUGCUGCAUCAGCAUCACCCAUCUGUAGCCCCCCGCAUGCUCUGGGUCGAUGUCCAGAUCCAUGUCCCUGUAUUCAAAUGUAUGGCGGAACGCCUGUACAUAGCCAGGGGUACGGAGCAUGUCACAGCGGUUGCCAUUGACUGGGAUUCUAUCAGGGAUAUGUAUUGCACGGGAGUCGUAUGGAUCACGGAGGAUCACGGAGGAU